GUACGGAUACCUGGGUAGUGUACCUAUCCCGCGCGCCCGCCCACCCACUCGUCGUUGGCUCGCGCAGCGCUGCACUUACACCCGCAUCCGCACCCGCACCCAGCCAUCCACCCACUCUCGCGCACACAACUCGCCAUACACACUCACCGCGCAUCACAUUCCCUUCCCCAACCCCAUUGCGCCGGCCUCUCUCACACCUUCACCCAUCCCAACUUUCCCUCCCCCUUCCGUUUGGUGUGUUGCGUGUAUCUACUGCGCGUGUUUCCAGGUUUUUGGAUCUCUUACCAAUCCGAGUUGCCUCGCACCAAGGGCCUGAUUCGCCACCCGCGCGCAUCAGAUAACCCCGACCACCACCUAAGAGGAAGACCAUCUACCACUCCUUCAUGCGAUGACUUGAAUGAGUCGGCUGUCGAUCACGAAUCGCGACUGAAGGGGAAUGGAGAUGCGAAGCAAGACGCAUACCUGAACGUUCCUGCUUGCCAAAUCCCCCAAGGCCCUAGCGCCAUGCAGUAGAUGCACUUGCGCUCUCGUCCCGUCCCUUCUUUCUCUGCUCUCGCCUCGCUUCGCCCUCCUCUUGUCCGGGCCCUCUCCCUCCUUUUCUCAGCCUUCUUUCCUGCAACAUCGCGCAUCCCGCCCCCCAUCAUCCUCCCAAGAAAGAGGGCGCCCUUCCCCGGCUGACCAGGCCACUUCGCCCCGUCCACGUGCAACCAGUCCUGGAUACCAGGGCUCCCCAAAAACGCCCUUUCGUCGUCUCUAUCGCCAUUUGGGACGGAUACCCUCAAACAUCGACGACACGACCCUGCGCUCCCACGGCCAGCAUCCUUCAGGUCUUCUCUCUGUCGGCCUCCUGCGGAAACACGGAUAGCAUCACGCGCUAUACCCUUCAACCUACGGCAUAUCCCUCCACCGACCACUCUCGGCCACCACCUACCUACGUCCCUACAGUCAAAAGCGAAACAGUAUACGACGACAAAUACCAGCGACAGAUUCUUUGGUAGUAGGACUGCUUCAUUGCUUGCUGGGCCUACACCAAAUCGCAUUGUGUGACUCAGCUCUUUGUAUUUCGACAGCGAACAACAGCAACAGCAACACACUCAAAAGAAGACAAAGCAACCAACCAACCAACCAGUACAGCACGCGAAAGAACACCAUCACCAUGUCGUUCUCCAACAGCAGCGGUGGAACCCUUACUGUUCCCAGCCCCACGCACGCCCACCAUGUCGACGUGCUUGCAUCCUCAGUCAGGAGCCUCCGACGGUCCCUGUCUCGAUCACCAUCAAAGUUUAGCCUGGCGCGUACAGACUCCCCCAGCUCCGAGAGCUCUCACAGCGGAUCCCACACUCCUGUGCAUCAGCAGUCGCCAUGCCGACGAUACACACCAACCCCAACUCCUCCCAGCAGCAGCCACAACAAUAACAACAACACUACCGCUUACGGGGAGUUAUUCCAAAGCCAGACUCCAGCAGGGCUCCCUCCCUCGAUGACCUCGACGACUCCCUUCAGCUCCCCUCCGAGCCUUGCAACACCUUUUCGCCCGAGCGUUCGGCUUUCUCUACGCUCUGCAAAGUCAUCCAAGGUGACGGGCAGUCCUUCGAGGCCGGCUACCCGACUUCGGACAUCGCCCAAAUCCCCCCUCAAACGCGCACUCAACGCUACAACAGAAUCGGGGGUAAAUUCCACUCCUUCCUCAUCUUCAAACUCGGUGGCCUCGGGCCAGGAAAAUAACCAGUCUUCUGCACAACAGAGCCCGCACUCGCGAUCAUCAACUCAGAAAGCAUCUCGCCAUAGCCUACACCUCGACGUAUCCGGCCACGCCCAGCAGACGAAUAUUUUCAAGCACCUAGAGGCUCAGGGUGACCCGCAGGGGGCCCCAGGAUCGGGCGCCCUCAAGCGCAGCGACGCCAUCAUGAACCUGGACCAGGCCUCUCUGGGCAGUCCGGUCGCGAAGCGACGAAGUUUACAUGGUAUCUCGAGUUUUGGCCAAAACACAUCUGAUUUCAACAUCUUCGACAACACUAGCAGCACUCCAGCUAAGACCGGGUUUGAUAUUCACGACGAAGCUAGCCGAGAGCGUGAGUACGAGCUUUUCGGUUCAAGUCCUGCUGCUCGGGAACCCCUCCCCUCGCCAACCCCGCCUCCUCAAAUCCCGAGAAGAACCGGUUCGCUUCGCCGGUCGACGCUCCAGCAGAGACAGCACGAUCGGAGCUCUUGGGGACGAAAGUCUGGUGCGAACCACUUGGCUCAAAUGGGCGGAGAGUUCUCUACUCCCAACGUUAAGAACCGGCCGCGUCUCUCGAUGGAUCAGUUCCUCCCUCCUCAAAUUCCUCGGGACAGCCCCUUCACCUCGAACGGGCCGCUGCCCAACCCUUCUGCUCACCCGGUUGAGCGACAUUCCCAUCAGCCUCACCCUCUGUCCAAGACGCUGGUAACUUCGACGUCCGGCAAUAGCCUCGAAGAGCAGAACAACAGCAUGCCUCCUCCCUACGUUUUUGAGAGACCACGAGCUCCCCUUAACUUUGCCAAGUCGAUGCCUUACGGUUCCUCCCGGCCAUCCUUCAUGCAGGAAGAGGGCGAGAACGUCACCCCUUUCAAGUCUGCCAAGCCUUGGGCGGGAGCCUUCAUGUCGACUGGCCUCGUUUCCAAGGUGAACCGUAAUCCCGAGGAGGACAACAAGCUGACGAUGCCCGACACCCCUUGCAAGAAGCCCACCAACGGCUUCGCGACUUUCCCGCCACCACCUGGCAGUGCAAUCAAGAAGAGCAAUCGGUACUCUUUUGGUGGCAUGCCUUCCACUCCUUUCAAUGCUCCAGGGGCCCCAUCUCGGAGCACAUUCGGCAAUCCCGGAAAGGGCCUGGGCAUCUUCCAGCGGCUCGGAUCACGUCAUGCACGCCGAGGCAGUGUCCUGAGCCUGGAUGAAGAUAAGAAAUUCUCCCUUGACACAAACUUCAAUGUCGGUCUUGGGGUUGAAAAUGAUGCCCCUCCGACUCCUACCAAGCAGGGUCUCACCCCCAGCUUCAGCAACCUGAGCGAACAGAGCAUCGAGAGCCCCAGCGCCAAGAGGACACUUCCACCUCCCAUGUCUGCUGUACGGCCAAUGAUCUCCCGAGAAUCUACUGCAAGUCCAGUGGAACAACGCUCCCCGCGAACUCCUUCGACUCACGUCGUUCUUCCCGAUGCCAGCUGCCUAUCGAUCUCGAAUCCUGCCGAGUCGAAGAGUGCUGCUACCCCGGUCACGCCUUCUGGGCGUGACUCUUUGCAAAGCACCACCACUCAGCUCAUGACUCCUGUCAAUGCUGGUCGUGCCAACUCGGACGCUGACGACUCACUUUACUCUCGUUUUGACAAGGUCGAGAUGGUUGGCAAGGGAGAGUUUUCUUCCGUAUACCGCGUGGUCAAGGCUGGGUACUCUCGCGCCUCGUUUCUUUCCGUUUUUAGUGGAACCCCUACCAAGAAUCCUCGCGAAAGCCCCGAGCCAGACCGCAUUUACGCCGUGAAGAAGGCCCGUCGCCAAUUCACGGGACCCAAGGACCGCUUGUCUAAGCUCAGAGAAGUCCAUGCGCUUCAGGCCCUUACACACGCAGACCACGUUGUUCACUACGUCGACAGCUGGGAGUACAACCAGUACCUUUACAUCCAGACGGAAUACUGCGACGAAGGUACCCUGGACAAAUUUCUCAGCAAUGUCGGUCGUAAAGGCAGACUAGAUGACUUCCGCAUCUGGAAGGUCAUCCACGACGUUGGGUUGGGUCUGCAAAGUAUUCACGAAGCUGGGUUCAUUCAUCUCGACUUAAAGCCGGCGAACAUCCUUAUUACCUUUGAAGGCAUCCUCAAGAUUGGCGAUUUCGGCCUAGCAACGGAGUGGCCUGCUGCCAAAGGCGUCGACGCGGAAGGUGACAGAGAAUACAUCGGCCCUGAAAUCCUACGCGGCGACUUCAACAAGCCCGCAGACAUUUUCUCGCUCGGUUUGAUCAUGAUCGAGAUGGCCGCCAACGUUGUCCUCCCCGAUAACGGGCCUACCUGGGUUGCUCUCCGUUCCGGUGACCUCUCCGAAGUCCCCAGCUUGACCUUCAGCGCCACUACUGCGACCAGCGCUCAUCGGGACGCGGCGGGGGUCCCUACCAUGCAGUCCUUAGAUGACCCAUUGCUCGGCCAAACUAGCGCUCCGGACAUCAGCCUGCAUUCGGGAGCUGCCCCUACUCGGGUGAGCGUGGUCAUGGACGACGAGAGCCCUUUCAUCACGCGCAAGCGCACCGAGCUCAGAUCCCCUCCGGACUUCAUGAGCGAUCCCUUCCACCCUAGUUCUCUUGAUCAAAUCGUCCGAUGGAUGAUUAGCCCCGAGCCGAGCGAGCGACCCACCAUUCAGCAAUUGCUGUCUACGCCCUCGAUGACUUGGGUUGCUCAACGUCGCAGAUCGGCUGCGACUGUCUUCGAAGGUGUCUGGGGACCUAGCGAGUCGACCGCACUCCCUACCUUGGUGGACGAAGACACCGAAAUGAUGGACGUUUGAGUACGUUUCAUAUGCACUUACCUUAGAUGCCGCACCAGUCGGCUUGGAAUCCGCUCACCGCUCAGGAUAUGCACAGUGUGCGUAGAGCUCUCUGAGGCGUUUUAUCUGGAUUGAACGACUCUGGCUGGAUCGCUCAUGAAGUGGAUACGGCGAAAUGGAGUUGGAAUUCUGGAACAUGGCGUUGGGACACGAGCCCGCGUCUCGUGGUCUUUUGCUGGAUUAAGGAUCUCUUUACUGCGGCGGCGUUCGACUUACGAUAUGACGAUGCUACGGUUCAGUCUUGCGAUGAGAUGUGUUCAGCAAGGCCUGUUGCGGAUGUUGUUUUUGUCGUUCCUGAUUGACCGCCUCACGAUGUGUGAAAACGUUCGAUCGUUCGGCUCGGCAAACGACUUUCGACAAAACAAACUCGGCAUACACACACCAAUCAAUCGGCAUUGCUUAGCAAAGCAUCGCCAAAGUUAUUUGUUCGAAGAAAUCAAUUGGAAGUCCGGUGGCUCCGGAGCAUGGCUCAACGACUAGGCCAUUUUCUUUUGUCACAGCUCCAGCCGAACCAGACUUUCAUGUAUAGACUACAUUUGUAUUCUUUUCGAGACGCGACAGUGAGGCCAGAGGCUAGGCAGCACACUCGGCGUCGAGCACGAGAACUAAAAACGGAAAUCAGGGAGAAAAUACUUCAAAGAAGCUCACGAGUCUCGUUUCGGUUUCGUCUCUGAAUUACGGCAUUGUGCAGCAACGACCGCAAGGGGCGUCUCUGACGAUAAUCGGAGGCCACAUGCUGCAUUUCGGACGCCUCGCGCUAUGUAUAUAUGGGUAAUUGUGUCAGUAUCGUCGGGCGAUUAGGAGAGAGGAGGAAAGGAAAAGGGGUUUUGUUUUUGUCGUGAGCCUUGGAGCCCACCCACCGUCCUGGAUGGGGGCGGGGUUUCCCCCCUCCCUUGUAAGGAACACUGCAUGGUAGCCGUAUCACGCGGACUUACCCAAAGAUCAGAUAGAUCAUCUCCUGGCCAGACUGCGCCUGUUCCCUUUGUCACAGGGAGGUUGCAAUUUUUUUUUUUGGCUCAUGAUUCCAUGACGAAAUGCCAUGAUAGUUAUGA